AUGCCCAAAUUGGCGGUGGACGGCCAACAGGGCACGGAGGCCGCGCUCGACGCGUUGGGCGCCGAGCUGACUACCCCGCUCGUCGCCGACGUGCUGCACCGCCUCCGCUAUGAGGAGAAGCUGGCGUUCCGGUUCUUCGCCUGGGCGUCCCACCAGGGAGGGUACAGCCACGAACCGGCGACUUACAACGACAUCAUCGACAUUCUCUCCGGCACGCGGUACAAGAGCCGCCAGUUCGGUGUCCUCUGCAACGUGCUGGAUCACUUGAAGCGCCAUGGCACGAGGUCGGUGCCGGUUGAGGACCUGCUGGAGAUCCUGCGCACCUACACGGAGAAGCAUCUCACGCACAUGAGGAAGCUGGCCAAGAAGCGGCGGGUUCGGAUGCGUACGCCACCGGAGACUGACGCGCUCAACGUUCUGCUGGACGCGUUCUGCAAGUGUGGGAUGGUCAAGGAAGCAGAGGCGGUGUUCGGCCGCGUGAAGAGGAGGUUGCUGGGUAAUGCAGAGACAUACAGUAUCCUGUUCUUUGGGUGGUGCCGGGCGAGGGACCCCAAGAAGGCCAUGAAGGUGCUCGAGGAAAUGAUUCAGAUGAAGCACACCCCGGAGAGUUUCACCUACAUUGCAGCCAUCGAAUCUUUUUGCAGUGCUGGAUUGGUGUCAGAGGCAAGGGAGCUGUUUGAGUUCAUGAGGACUGAGGGGUCGACGAUAUCAUCACCCACAGCCAAGACGUAUUCGAUUAUGAUUGUUGCGUUAGCAAAGGCUGACCGGAUGGAGGAGUGUUUUGAACUGCUUUCAGAUAUGAGAAGUUGUGGCUGUAUGCCUGAUGUGACGACUUAUAAAGAUUUGAUUGAAGGAAUGUGCUUGGUGGGUAAACUGGAUGCUGCUUAUCGUGUGUUGGAGGAGAUGGGGAGGGCUGGAUUUCCUCCUGACAUUGUGACGUACAAUUGCUUUCUUAAUGUGCUUUGUAGUCUUCGAAAGGCUGAUGAUGCACUUGAACUCUGUGAGAAGAUGAUAGAGGCGCAUUGUGAGCCCAGUGUUCAUACCUAUAAUAUGCUGAUGGUGAUGUUCUUCGAGAUGGGAGAGGCACAUAGAGCAUUAGAUAUAUGGCUUGAGAUGGACACAAGAGGAUGUCAGCGUGCUAUUGAUACCUACGAGAUAAUGAUCGAUGGUCUCUUUGAUUGUGGAAGAACAGAACAUGCAACUGCUCUUCUAGAUGAGGUUAUAAACCGUGACAUGAAACUUUCAUACAAGAAGUUUGAUGCUAUAAUGCUGAGGUUAUCAGCUGUGGGCGACCUUGGCGCGAUACAUCGGUUGUCAGAGCAUAUGAGGAGAUUUUACAAUGUUGCGAUGUCGAGACGAUUUGCAAUCACUCAGAAGAAGAAGAGCAUAGGCCUGAGAAGGAAAUGA